UUUGGUUAAAAAAAAAUAAUAAUAACACACGUUUAGACAUUUUUUCCAUUGACGUUCGGUUACUAAAAACAGUGCUUCUCUCUUCAUAUUCUCCUCUGGCCAACACCAAUAACCAUUCUACGCCGCUUUACUAUUUUUCAUCUCUUCAAAGAACAAGAAAGAAGCAUCAGAUAUGGGUGUUUACUUGGAUCACUAUGCCAUUCUUGGGUUACCAACUGGCAAGGAAGGUGCUAAGCUCACAGUGGAAGAGAUAAGAAAGGCAUAUAAAACAAUGGCCAUGUUGUUGCACCCUGAUAAAAAUCGAUAUGAUUCGAAAGCCACUGCUAAAUUCCAGAGGCUUCAGUCUUCAUAUGAUAUACUCAUGAAUGACAAGACCAGACAACUUUUUGAUGAGCAGCUAUGCAGACAUUUUGAUGCCAAGAGACGGAAGAUGGAUUCUGAUUUUGCUAGAUAUAAGGAAGAAGAAGCAAAAGCAGAAGCAGAAGCAAGAGCAAGAGCAGAAGCUAAAGCUAGAGAAGAAGCGAGAGCAAGAGCUGAAGCAAAAGCUAGAGAAGAAUUAAGAGCAAGAGCUGAAGCAAAAGCGAGAGAAGAAGCAAGACUAGCAACGAAAACAAGAGAAGAAGUGAUAAUAGCAGCAAAUGCAUUACUAACAGCAGUAGCAAAAGCAAAAGAAGCAGCCAUAGCCAAAUCACAUAGUUCCAAAGUUUCUCUUUACCUUCAGCUUGAGAUUCUGGUUCUUCAGUUCUUGCUUUUCCUUCAUAGUUAUUAUUAGUAUUUUUUUUUUCAGAAUAUUUCAUUGUUAUUUUUCAAACUUAAUUAAAAUGAUGUACUCCACAAUUAUCACAAUUUCUUAGAAAUUAAAUUACAUGCCAUUAUUCAAUCCAUUAUCUAUACAUGGUACAUGUUGCUUUACAAUUGGAAUGUAAUAUAUGGUAUGUGAGUUUGGUGAAAUUGAAAAUUCAUAUCAUUACCAUGUAGGGCCUUUCCAUAUAAGUGAUAAUAUACAAUGAGUGGGUAUGUUUGAUGUGAUUAUUAGUUUUCAUAGAUUAUUUUAAGGUAGGGGCUUCAAAGAGGAACAAGUGUAACCGGUUGAACCAGAUCGAAGCCGCACCAAAUAUUUUGAGGCCUUGUGCAAAAAAUUAAAAUUGAGGUUUUUGUAAAAAAAAAAUUAUGUACAUUAAGACUACCAUUACUAGCUUUUUAUUUCUAGCUUUGUAGAAUGACCCAAG